AUGACAGAACAAAGUACAGACGACCUUAGACUAAGAAUACAACAGGAACUUGUUGCAAGUGGAAAAUAUCAAGAAAUAUUCAACCUGCUAAAAAUCGAGCUUGCAAACUCUGGGUGGUUUGACGAGUUUCGUGAACUUACAAACGAAACGGUUAGUAAACAGGGUGAAAAGGGCUCGUUGAAACUUGGCGAUGUUAUAGAUCAACUGGAAGGAAAGGGGUUUCAGAUGGUGCCAGAUGAAGUUAAGGUGAAGAUUCUUCGGAAGAUUAAAGAGUUUCUCGACAACGUGGUAGAGUAA